AACAUAUUCUUUUGUUCCUACAACUUCUCAAUCAAGAAAAUAUGAAUAACACAGAGAGCGCAAGCUACAAAGCCGGCGAGGCCAAGGGCCAAGCCCAGGAAAAGGGCAACCAACUCCUGGAGAAGGCCGGCAAUGCUGCUCAAUCCGCUAAGGAAUCACUCCAGGAAGCUGGAAAUCAAGCACAGGCCAAGGCACAAGGUGCAGUGGAUGCUGUCAGGGAUGCGGUCAACAAAAAUUGACCCAUUUUAGUGAUCAACAUAUAUACCCCCUCCAUAAUUAUGUCUUUAAUUGUAGACAAUCCCUAUAGUUUUAUUUUUUGUUUUUUCGCUUCGGUCGUUUGACAUGGUACACAGUCCGGCAUGAAGUUUUAUGGAUACUAUUAAAUAAAUAAUACAGUAAUAAAUAAUAAUAUUUUAUUAUUUUAA